AAUUUCCUGAACACUUUCCAUUGGUUUAUAUUUCGCUAGCUAUCCAGUUUGUCACAUAAAAUCAAAAAAUAUAGAUAUAAUGCAAAAUAAUCACCAGAAAUAAUAAAAAACAGUGAAAAGUCAUAAACUUAUUAUUAUCGCGCCUUCAAGUGAUAAUCAAAGAUACGUUUGCGGUUGCUAUUUUGAGCAGUCCAAAGAAAAGACCAAAAAUCAAUAAGCGUGUAAAAUUUGUAAACACGACAAGCCCUCGACCAGCCUCUCUUGGUUUCUCUCCGCGGAAACCACCCCAGCCACUCCCCCAGUGAACUGUGACCGCCAGCUGGCCAAAAAGAAAGGCCAAGCCGUGACCGUAAAACCGCAAAUAUAACCAUUAGCCGCCGAAAUGGCUACCAAUAUUGCGCUUUCUGUGCUGCUGAUGAUCGCGGGAGCAACAGCCACCGCGGAGCAGGUGGAGUACCUGGAUCCACAGCUGUCUUCACCAGCAGAUCAUCGGCUAAACAAGCGGAUGGAUCUGGAGGUGUGCAUAGGUCACUUUGACGUGCAUAAAAAUACGAUAAUACGUACCGGGGAGUCCCAGGCGAUUGGUGGCAAGUACCUUCAGGGUCUCGAGCUGGACACCAUCGAGGAGUGCGAAAGGCUCUGUUGCGAGACGGAAUCCUGCGACGUGUACAUCUUCGAGCGAAAGGCAGGAGGCUAUUGCUAUCUUUUUGAGUGUGGCCCUCCGGAGGAUUUCCGUUGCAAGUUCACGCGGCACGCCAACUAUACGAGCGCCGUGUUAAACCCCCAACCCAAGCAGGCUAGCGAGUUGGUCAGCACUCCGCGACCGCAGUUGCCGCACAUUCCCAGCAACAAUGUUUCCCAGCAGGAAUUGGAGCUGAGUAACCUAAAGCUAAAGCCGGAAGCGAGGGACAAGCCCACAGUUUCCACCGUCGCGCUGGUGGCUCCCACAUCGGGAACGGGUGUGGGCCAGUCGGCCGUAUACCAAGCUCAAAGUGUUCCCGCUGCGAAUUGCGGACGCUUCCAGUUCACCUGCCACUCCGGAGAGUGUAUAGCGGUUUACAAUGCCUGCGAUGGCAUUCCCCAGUGCGAGGAUGGGAGCGACGAGGGACCGGAAUGCAUCACCGUAUCGUCGACGGCCACAAAAUCAGGCAGUAGCAGUAUCAGCAGCAACAUGGAGCCCGUGAAGCCCAUUGUGCAGCAAUAUGUGCCAACUCAGAACGUGCAACAACAGUUGCAGGUCGUGGCCCAGCAACAACAGCAGCAGCAGCAACAGCAACCACCGCAACAGCCACAGCAUGUCAUUGUUUUGGGACCACCACCACCACCUCCGCCGCCACCGCCCAUGGUGAACAAUCGGGAAGAUGCCGCCGCCUGGGCGAACCGCAAGAUGAUUGCCGAGGGACAGCAGCAGCAACAACCAUUGCCACAACAGCAACUCCAACAGCAACAGCAACAAUUGCAGCAGCAACAGUCGCCACAGCAAAAGGCAGAAAUCACAAGUACAGAUGAGCAGAGCCGCAUCUUCAGCCACAAAGGCGGCCUCCAAUUGCAGCCAGUGGUAAAUGGACAGGGACAACUCCAGGUUCAGGGCCAGAUCCAGGGAUCAGCGCCGGUUCAGGUUCAGGGACAAUCAACACCGCUCCAAAUGACCAGCUACGACAACAAUCAGGCUAUAUAUGGCAUGUCGCUGCCUCGCUCCGGAGUUUAUCUGCCACAGCAGCAGCAUCAGCAACAGCAGCAACUCCAGGUUGCCAAUGGCCAGCAGCCAGUCCAAUCGAAUGUUGUGUGGCCACCACAGACUCCCUUGAUCACGCAGCAACAGUCGCUGGUACAGCAGCAACAAUCCUCGAUACCGCAGCAGCAGCAGCCUGGUCAUGGCUAUGCAGCUCCUCCAGCCAUACAGUCACCGUCAGUUCCGCAGCAAGCCAUGUUGCCUGUCCUUAACUCAGCUCCCGCACUUGGAAAAAAUCAGGGCCAAUCGGUAGAUGGGGACUACGAUGAUUAUGAUGAGGAAACAUACACAGAGGCACCAAAAAAGAAGCAACACAAGCACAAGAAGGUGAAGGCGAAGACUGCAAAGGAUCCCAUUGAACUAGCCCUGGAGCAAAAUAAGCUACAACAGGAGGGAACACUUCCGGUCCUGCCUGUUCCCGUUUCUCCGGUGCACGAGCAGUACAAGAUGAUUCACGAGAAUCUGGCGAUGGAGUUCAGAGAUCACGACGGUCACUCAGAACGUCCUGGUGGAGCAGUCCUCUCACUGACCCUGGGUCUAUUGGUAACCGCAGCCUUGGCUAUUCUUAUAGGAUGCAGGAUGAGAACGGUAAGCCGGAGGGCACGACGACUGGGCGGCAAGACGCCCUAUUCGCAGGAGGCGGACUUCCUGGUCAACGGCAUGUACCUCUAAGCCAGAUGCCAGCGGAGUAGGACGGGGGUUGCCAAGAUUCUUUGUGUUGUUCCACGUGCGGGGGAACGUGCGUAUAUUUAUGAUUAAUAAUUAAUAGUGUAAUGAAAAACAUAUUUUAUAUAAACAAAGAUAUAUCAAAUAAAACUAAAACUUAAAGUAGC